GAUGGCCAUAAGAAAACAAACAGUUUAAUAAUUGAAUCGACGAUUUAUUGAUACUAAUAAUUUUGGAGCAGAAGAUGAUACUAAAAAAAAGAUUUCGUAAUAUAAACAAUAUUAUCAAGGAGUAUCAUACCGGAAAUGUCCAAAAAAUUCAUGAGCCGUUAUCACAUCUAUCGCCAAAGACUGAUCGUAGACUGAGUCACACAGGUAGUAGAUCGAGUCACAGUCAUAUGAAUUCGUGAAUAAUUCUGCUCUGUGCCUUUUGACUGAAAAUGGCAGUGAAUAGGUUUGUUAGCAUCCGAGAUCCAGCAGGAAAAGUACGUGCAUUGUGUGACUAUGGAUCACAAGUGGAGGUGGAUAGAACGAUUCCUCCAAAGUUGUACUUUCGUUCUGGCAGAGAGAUGCUACGUAUGGCUAAUAUGUACUGUGAUGAAGGAAACUUGGAGAGUGCUUUUAUUCUCUACUCCAAAUUUAUCACUCUGUUUGUGGAAAAACUCCCAAUGCAUCCAGACUACAAAAUUUCUUCACCACCAGGAGAUGUGCAAGAAUUUAAAAAGAAAGUAAAAAAGGUGUUUCCUUUAGCUGAAGAAAUAAAAUCAAAGCUGAAAAAGAGAUAUGCAGAAGAAGAGGCCAGGAGACAAGAAGAAGAGAAAAAGAAGCGUGAGAAACUUGCUAAGGAAGAAGAGAAGCGGAGAUUGGCUGAAGAAGAGCGGAUGCGUGAAGAUGAAGCACUGGCCCGGCAAUUGCAAGCAGAGGCUGAGGAGCAGUGGAUGCAAGAGCAGGAAGAGAAGUACCGGCGCCUGCAGUUGCGAGAAGAAGAACGACUUGCUGAGCAGCAGCGCAAGAAAGAUCAAGCAGAUGGCUAUGGGGGCCCUCUUGUACCUGUGCCUUUGCCUGUCUCUGUGCAGGAUGACAGUAGCAGCACGGCAAAAGGUUAUAGUUCAGGGUCUCAUUCUUUGUUACAGCCUGCAUCAACACCUACUCUUCCUGACAGAGAGCUGAAAAAGAAUCUUGUCAGCAAUAACAGCAUUCCCUUAGGACCUCCACCACCGUACACACCUCCAACACCCAGUGUGGACCGAAGCACUAAGCCCAUGGACCACUUCAUGAGCACAGGAAUGUUUGGGGGAGGCACUGGGCUUCUUCGGGAAGUUGUGGUGCCUUCAGACCUUAUGAAAAAGUUUUUGACUGCUGCAGCAAAUAACACCUCACGAGGUGCGGAGACUAUGGGCAUCUUGUGUGGAAAAGUGUCCUGUGGUGCCUUCAAGAUCACUCACCUGUUCAUCCCUCAGCAACAUGGGACACCUGACAGCUGUGACAUGGAAGGUGAAGAAGAUCUCAUUUUCUACCAGGACAAGUUUGACCUUGUGACUCUAGGAUGGAUUCAUACGCACCCAACACAAACAGCAUUCUUAUCCAGUGUUGACCUUCACUCACACUAUGCGUACCAGAGAAUGCUUCCAGAGGCCAUUGCUAUUGUUUGUUCCCCAAAAUUUGAAGAGACUGGCGUGUUCAGUUUGACAGACACAGGGAUGGAUAUCAUUGGGAGCUGCAGAGAAAAGGGAUUUCAUUAUCAUUCUAAAGAACCACCAUUAUUUGAGAAUUCGGGCCAUGCAAGAAUUGUGAACCAGGAAACCAUUACGUUAGCAGAUAUGAGGAAGUGAAACUGCUGAUAGGACAAAUGAUGAAAUGUGUUUAAUCAGAACUGUCUUUUUGAAGGGGUCAUUGAACUGUGAUAAAUGCUUGAUGGCAAUGCUAAUGAAUAUAUUUAUAUAAAAUCUGUUUUAAUGGGUUUAUGGAGUUUUAAAAGUUUGUAUAAAAUAAACUGAUAAUCAAAUAUGAUUCGCGACUGGUGCUUUUAAUCCCAACAGUGGAUUAUUUGUUUCUUUGACAUAUUGUUGACUCAUCACGUUAUUGUAAUUCAGCACUAAUCUGAAUGUGACAUUAAAGAAUAGAUAACAUUAUUUUGCUCGUAUAAAUAUGCUUGGCCUUUCCUUGAAAGGCAACCUUUUUGGUUUUUAGAAAUAGGACACAAGAAUACUACAGUGCUGUAGGUCUCCAAGGCUGUCAGAUCUUAUGAGACAUCUUUUCCUCUAAUGCAGUGAUGCCCAUCCUUUUUCGGCCUGUGGGCCAUACACAUUUCCGACAUGCGCGUCACGGGCCGCUUCACCGCAAAAAUACAAAAAAA